AGAGCGGCGAACUACGGGAGCAUGGCACCGAAGCACGGGCUCAGGCGCCAGCAGCUGGGUCAUGGAGAUCGACGUGCCGGCCGAGGCGGCAGCGGGCACGGCGAUCGGCCGGAGCCGGAUUCGCUACCCGAGCCAGGAGCACGCCGUGGCCGUCAGCGAGGUGGGCUCCUGCGACUCGGCGGCCCAGACGUACUAUUCGGCGUGCGACGCCGUGCUGCAGGGCGGCGGGGAGCGCGAGUCUGUCCGCGCUGAGGUCAUCAACUUCUCCCAGGGGGCUGACGGCCUGAAGAGCUCGAUACGCAUCGAGUUCCAGUCCCAGUGCCUGCGGACGCAGAACGCGUGGCAGCGCCAGCUGCUCGCGCAGCAGCAGUCCCUGCUCGACAGCUUCCGCAGCACGCUGGAGGAUGCGCACCGGGAGAUGCAGCUGGCCCGGGAGGUGAGCGAAGAAGAGAAGGAGCUCUUGCGCGGGUUCAGGAAGAUCGUGACGAGGCAGGUCGACUCCGCCGAGGAGGUCUCGCGCGUGGAGGUCUUCAUCGUGGAGCAGUCCAGAGCCCUGUGCAACGAGCUGACGGAGCUCUGCAAGAUCCUGGAGUAUCCCUGCCAGGCGUUCACCACCCUGACCGCAGCUACCGACGCCAUGGAGCUCGUCACCGAGGAGAUGAUGCGCCAGCCCACCUUCGGCACCGACCGGUCCGAGUCCAGGAGGGGUACCAGAAGCUACUCCCUCUACGAGACUCACAGCUCGCUGGGCUCCAGAAGCUGCAGCAGGGGAAGCUCUGACGAGAGCUGGACGUCACGCCCGUCGCCAGCAACGCGCCGGAGGGGCCAGCUGCUGGUGAUGCUGCUGGGCUGGGACUGGCUGGACCGGGAGAUACCCCGCGAGUGGCGCGAGCGGGGCGUGUACGUGUCGCUCACCAGCAGGGCCGAGGAGUUCGAGGAGGUGGGGCGGUCGCUGCUCGCCUCUGGCGAGGCGGAGAUACGCAGCGCCCUGCGGGCGAAGGGCAUUUGCGAGUACCUGCUGCACCCCCUCUCGCUGGAGAACCUUCGGCGCGUCGUUGUGCAGGCGGCGCGCCGCCGCUUCGGUGACGAGUACCUGCUGACGAAGGUGAUCGGGCGCGGCGCGUUCGGGAUCGUCUACCGGGCCAAGCGGCUGCGGGAUGGUGCCGUCCUGGCGCUGAAGGAGAUC